AUGGUGCUGGGAGCCAGGAAGUGGGUAAGGAGGCAGGCAGGGAGAGAGGAAGAGGCCAUGUGCCCUGAGGCCACCGCCCCCUCACAGGCCCAGGUCAGGAUGUCAUCAGUAGCCAUUGCCUCCUUCCAGAACCAUGAGGCCAAUGACUUCAGAGCCAAGUCUCUGCCAUACUGCCAGUGGCCUCAGGUUGUUCACACAAUAGUGCCCAUCCCACACAAGUGGUUCCAAGGAACACCUGUGGUCUGGGAGUGGCCCUCGCCCAGCCUCUCGGCCACAAACGCGGUGGUGAGGGCUGAAGGCGCUGGAGCUACAGCCCAAGCAACUAGCACAGAGCCUGGGAACCAAAAGACCCUCCAGGGAGACACACCCAUGCUGCCCACAUCCUGCUCCCACGAGGAGUGCAGGGAGGGGCUGGUGGAGCUGCACACCUCCUUCAGGGAGCUGCUCACCUUCUUCUGCACCAAUGCCACCAUCCACGGCACCAUCCGCCUUGUCUGCUCCCGCCAGAACCGGCUCAAGACCACAUCCUGGGGCCUGCUGCUCCUGGGUGCCCUGGGGGCUCUCUACUGGCAACUUGGGCUGCUCCUGGAGCAGUACUGGAGCUACCCAGCCAUCAUGGCAGUUUCUGUGCACUCUGAGCACAAGAUCUUCCCUUCGAUCACUCUGUGUGACAUGAAUCCACAUCGGCCGAGCCCUGUCCAAAGGCAUCUGGAGGAACUUGAUGCAUUCGCCCAGGAGAAUAUCUAUUCCCUCUACAAGUUCAACUUUAGUAAAGACAGGGACACUUCCUACGCAGAUGUCCCCAGUCCAGGGCCCUCCUUUCAGCUGGACCGCAGGAUUCAUCUGCAGCGGCUGAGGCAUCUGGGUGGCCAGCACAAAGUAGGCUUCAGACUGUGUAACAGCACUGGCGGUGACUGCUUCUACCGUGCCUACUUCUCAGGCGUGACAGCUGCCCGGGAGUGGUACCGCUUCCACUAUGUGGAUGUCCUGGCUCUACUACCCACUGCCUGGGAGCACAGCCUCCAAAGUCAUCAAGAUUUUGUCUUGUCUUGCCACUAUGACAGUGAGGACUGCCAAGCUGAGAACUUCCAGAAGUUCCACCACCAGACCUACGGCAGCUGCUACACAUUUAAGGGCUUUUGGACCGCACAGCACCCAGGCAUCACCCAUGGGAUCAGCCUGGUCCUCAGAGCUGAGCAGCAGUAUCACCUCCCUUUGCUGUCCGAGGAGACGGGCAUCAAGAUCAUGAUUCACGGGCACAACCACACACCCUUCCUGGAACAUCGUGGCUUCAGCAUCCGCCCAGGGACGAAGACCACCAUUGGCAUCAGAGAGGAUGAGGUGCACCGGCUGGGAAGCCCCUACAGUCACUGCACAGAUGGCGUGGAGGGCAUGGACGUGCAGCUGCUGUACAACACCUCCUACACCACGCAAGCCUGCCUGGUGUCCUGCUUCCAGCAGCUGAUGGUGGAGAACUGCUCCUGUGCCUACUACCUGUACCCCCUGCCGGCUGGAGCUCAGUACUGCAGCCACAUCCAGCACCCGGCCUGGGGUCACUGCUUCUACCGCCUCUACCAGGACCUGGAAAACCACCGGCUGCCCUGCGUCUCCCGCUGCCCCAGGCCCUGCAGGGAGUCUUUGUACAAGCUGUCUGCAGGGACCUCCAGGUGGCCUUCAACCAAGUCUGCUGGUAGUGUGGCCAUGCAAGCCUUCUCUGUUCAAGGACUGGAUCCUGGCUGCUGUUGGCGACCAGGGCCUGCGGAAACAGAGCUGGAGCCUGAGUCAGAGCCACAGGUGGGCGCACCUUCCCCUCCAGGGAUGUGUCCUGCUGUCUCUCUCUCUCUCUCUCUCUCUCUCUCCCUCUCACACACUAUCCCCUUACACCUCUAUCCCCACUCCAGGAGCAGCGUGGCCAAAGUGAACAUCUUCUACCAGGAGCUCAACUACCGCACUGUGGAUGAGGCACCCGUGUACUCUGUUCCCCAGCUGCUUUCUGCCAUGGGCAGCCUCUGGAGCCUGUGGUUUGGCUCGUCAGUCCUCUCCGUCCUGGAGCUGCUAGAGCUGCUGCUGGAUACCACUGCCCUGGCCUUGCUGCUGGGCUUCCGCUGGCUCUGCCAGAGCCAAGCGGGAGAUGGCACUGCUUCAGGACUGCCCCACACCACACCAGAGACCAGCCAGCUUCCUGGGGACUAUAGACAUAAUGUCAGAGGUCCAGAGGACCCGGCUGGAGCUCACCCCCACCCAUUGUUCCCAGGUUCCCCACAGGACAUGUGUCUGCAGGGAGUCUUGGUGGAAGAAUUAGGCUGA